AUGAACGUAAAACAUUUAUCAUUUAAUUGCAAGGUCAAAAGUUUAUCAAUCACUAACGGGAGAACGUUUUAUGGAGCCGGAUCAGCGAGUUUGGGCUGUUCGUGGGAACACUUUGGAGGGAUUAUUUAUGGAUACACGGAAUCUGAAGUACUAUUAUGGACACCAAUUAGUUCACACAGUCACUUAAUUUAUGUUGGUGGUGUUUGGGGUGACGGAAGUGAUAAGAUUCACGAAGACACAGUACAGAUCACAGUGAAGGACAUCAGUACUAAUGUUUCAGAGUGUCCACCACCACCAGAUAUUUUAAACACUAUAAAGAUCUAUAAUGGACGAGGCAGAGGAAGCCUAACAUCUUACUCUUGUUUGGCGGGUUUUAUGAGUAAUGAUGAACUAAGCUUUACGUCAUGUAACGGAACACACUGGAUGGAGACUAAUUUUUCAUGUUCUCCUUCCAGCAAAUCACCGAGACGACUAAAGGAAACAGCCAAUGUUAGUUCAAUUCAAGAAAUUGUUCGAAAUCUGAAAAUUCCAAAAACAAACACAAGUUCUUAUGAGAGAAGCCUGAAGUGUGCCUAUGAUCCUCGCCCUAGCUCACUGACAAUCGGAAGUGUUGGUGUCGCCAUCUUAUGUCUAGUUGCUGCAUUACUUUUCCUUGCUGAUUGUCAUACAUUUCUUCAGGACAGUGUGUAA